AUCUGUGUUGAUCGAUUUUAGGUUCUUUCCCAAAACGCAAUUACAACUAGGGAUCGGAAGAGAUUUUGAAGAAGUAUAGAUUAGAUUAUGAUGUUAUAUCAAAUGGACAAAAUAUCGACACCAUGCGCGGCAUGCAAGUACCUGAGGAGAAAAUGCACAAAAGAUUGUGUGUUUGCGCCUUACUUCCCCACGACCAAACAAGAAAACUACGAAGCGGUCCACAAGGUAUUCGGUGCAAGCCAUGUGGCUACACUUAUCAACGAUCUUCACCCAUUGAAGAGAGAAUUUGCCAUGAACAGCCUCGCUUGGGAGGCACGAGUUCGUGUCAAAGAUCCGGUCUAUGGCUGCACGGCUAUCAUCCGCCGACUCCAAAGUCAGCUUAAAGACUCGGAAGAACAACUCGCGAUCGCCAAGAACGAGCUCGCCUCUUACGGUACCGUCCCGACAUUUGUGCCACCGCCUCCGAUGAUGUAUCAGCAAAUGCAUAACAAUCCUAUGACGAUAUCGGAAUAUACACCUAAUAAUGGUGGGUUUUUAACGGGUCAACAGUUACAUGACGAGGCUCAACGUUUUGUAUCCACACAAAGCGCUCAAGUGCAGCAAACGCAAGAGACGCAGACGCAGCACAAUGAGAUUGACCGUGACUAAAAAGGUCGUAUCAAAGAUUUGAACCAUGCUUACAUUUAAUCAUAUAGUCUUGAUAACAAUGGUAACCUUUUAAAACUUUUCUGAAGUCUAGUCUAGUCGUUUGUACAUAACUACAAGUGCCCAAUGCCUUUUAUAAUUUGUUAUAAACUCUUUUACUACCA